AUGUCUCGCAAGAACUCAGACAUCGUCACAGAUGUCGACAAGCCAGGCAUUGACAAUGUCGAAGUCAUCGCCAAUGCCGACAAACCCAAUGCACAAAAAGAAGCACCCGCCUCCGUCGCGAACCUCACAGCCGAAGAGCGCUCUAAAGCAGAGAAGGCUCUCGUCCGCAAGAUCGAUAUCCGCCUCCUGCCCACAAUCAUCGUCAUGUACAUCCUGAACUACCUCGAUCGGAACAACAUCGCUUCAGCACGCCUCGCCGGCCUUGAAGAAGACCUGGGUCUCGUCGGCAACCAAUUCGCAACCUGCGUUAGCAUCCUAUUCGUCGGUUAUCUGCUCAUGCAGAUCCCCUCCAACUUGCUGUUGAACAAAUUCGGCAAGCCUGCUCUCUACCUUCCGAUAUCCAUGGUUCUUUGGGGUAUCAUCUCCACCGCAACGGCGGCAGCGGAGAGCUACGCAGGUCUCGUGGUGAUUCGAUUCUUCCUUGGUUUUGUCGAGGCGGCUUAUUUCCCUGGUUGUCUGUAUUUCCUCAGUGCGUGGUACACGCGCAAAGAGCUAGGGUUCCGCACUGCGGCGCUGUACUCUGGAUCUUUGCUUUCGGGCGCUUUCUCGGGCUUGAUCGCUGCUGGCAUCACUAGUAACAUGGAUAAUGUCCUCGGAAUGCGCGCUUGGAGAUGGCUCUUCAUUAUCGAAGGUGCCAUUACCAUCGUCAUCGCAUUCGCAGCAAUUUGGAUCCUUCCCAAUUUCCCUCGUACCACGAGCUGGCUCUCAGAGGAAGAGAAAGAACUCGCGAUCUGGAGACUCGAAGAAGAUAUCGGCGAAGAUGACUGGGUCGAUAGCGAACAGCAGACAUUCCUACACGGUGCCAAGCUCGCCGUCAUGGAUAUCAAGACCUGGGUCUUGAUGCUGAUGAUCCUGUGCAUCGUCUCCUCGGCCUCUGUUACAAACUUCUUCCCCACCGUCGUCAAAACUCUCAACUACGGUAACAUCGAGACUCUUCUCCUCACAGCACCCCCUUACUGCCUAGCUGUUAUUUGUGCUUUCGCAAAUGCAUGGCACGCAGAUCGGACCGGCGAGCGAUACUUCCACGUCACGGCACCGCUUUACAUCUCCGUCGUGGAAUUUAUCAUCGCCGCCACGACAACAAGUACCGCGCCGCGAUACGUUGCUAUGAUGUUAAUGGUUCCGUCGUUCUAUGCUGGUUAUGUCGUUGCUCUGGGCUGGAUUUCGAAUACGCUACCCCGUCCUGCGUCUAAGCGUGCUGCUGCUCUUGCGGCUAUUAAUUGCGUUAGUAAUGCUAGUAGCAUUUACGCUAGUUACAUGUAUCCUGACAGCCAUGCGCCUCGAUUUGUUCCUGCUAUGUCGGUAAAUUGUGCAACGGCAUUCGUUGCUAUUCUAUCGGCGACGGUACUGCGCUUCAUGCUUGUGCGUUUGAAUAAGCAGCUUGACCGUGGCGAGGAUGUUGAGGGCGCUGUUCCUGGUGAGGGAAGUCGACGUGGAUUCCGCUUCUUGGUUUAG